CUUCUUGAUCAUCAGAGAAUCCACACAGGGGAGAGGCCCUAUGAAUGCUGUGAGUGUGGGAAAACCUUCACUCAAAGAUCAGCCCUUUCUGUUCAUCAGAGAAUCCACACGGGGGAAAGGCCCUACGAAUGCUGUGAGUGUGGGAAAAGCUUCACUCACAGAUCAGCCCUUUCUGUUCAUCAGCGAAUCCACACAGGGGACAGGCCCUACAAAUGCAGUGAGUGUGGGAAAACCUUCAAUCGCAGCUCAAACCUUUCUGAACAUCAGAGAAUCCACACAGGUGACAGACACAGGCCCUAUGAAUGCUGUGAGUGUGGGAAAACCUUCACUCAAAGAUCAGCCCUUUCUGUUCAUCAGAGAAUCCACACGGGGGAAAGGCCCUACGAAUGCUGUGAGUGUGGGAAAAGCUUCACUCAAAGAGCAGCCCUUUCUGUUCAUCAGAGAAUCCACACGGGGGAAAUGCCCUACAAAUGCAGUGAGUGUGGGAAAACCUUCAUUCAAAGAGCAGCCCUUUCUGUUCAUCAGAGAAUCCACAUGGGGGAAAGGCCCUACGAAUGCCAUGAGUGUGGGAAAACCUUCAAUCGCAGCUCAAACCUUUCUGAACAUCAGAGAAUCCACACAGGGGACAGGCCCUACAAAUGCAGUGAGUGUGGGAAAACCUUCACUAGCAGCUCAGCCCUUUCUGUUCAUCAGAGAAUCCACACAGAGAAGAGGCCCUAUGAAUGCAGUGAGUGUGGGAAAACCUUCACUCAAAGAGCAGCCCUUUCUGUUCAUCAGAGAAUCCACACAGGGGAGAGGCCCUAUGAAUGCCGUGAGUGUGGGAAAAACUUCACUCAAAGAUCAACCCUUUCUAGACAUCAGAGAAUCCACACAGGGGAGAGGCCCUACGAAUGCCGUGAGUGUGGGAAAAACUUCACUAGCAGCUCAGCCCUUUCUAAACAUCAGAGAAUC